CAGGUUCACUAGUCGAGUCUCUGCCAGAGACUCUGGUUUGAUCACAUGUCAUAAAUUUAUGGUGAUUUGAGUUGCUUUCUGACUGUUUAUUGAUCAUUUAUUUUAUUGAUUAUUACAUUUUAUGGUGAUUUUGUUUCCACAUCAAGUUCUUCUUGUGUUUAGUUUGUUCAGUAAACACUAUGGCUGGACAGUUCGAAUUUAUUAAAGACCAUUGGAUAGUUAUUGAAGCUGUCGAAGGAAAUGAUGGUGAUGGGGAGCCGGAAAAAGAAUCAAGCUCGAAAAAGAAGGAUAAAGUCUCAAGGAAGCGUCGCAAAUCCUCGGAUGACAGUGAUGUGGAAAGAAUCAAGAAGAAGAAAAGAAAGAAGAAAUCUAGCAAGAAACGUUCCAAACGCAAAAGAAAUUCAUCUUCUAGUGACUCAGACUCAAGUGAUUCAAGUGGACGCCGUAAAAAGAAGAAAAAGAAAUCAAGCAAAAAGUCCAAACUAAAAAAACACAAAGUGAAAAAAGAUAAGACCAGAGAAAAGGAUAAAGAGAAAGAGAAAGGCAAAGAGAAAGAAAAAGAAAAAGAAAAGGAGAAAGAAAAAGAAAAGGAAAGAGAGAAAGAAAAAGAAAGAGAGAAAGAGAAAGAAAAGGAUAAAGAGAAAGAGAAAAUUAAAGAAAAGGAAAGAGAGAAAGAAAAAGAGAAAGCAAAAGAAAAAAGUAAAGAGAAGGUGAAAGAGAAGGAAAAAGAGAAGGAAAAAGACACGGAGAAGGAAAAGGAGAAAGACAAGGAAAAGGGAAAGGAAAAGAGCGAAAAAUCUAAAAGAAAACGCGAUUCUUCACCUGCGUCGAAAGCUUCAACGUCUCACAAAAAAGAAUCUACCAGCAAUGAUUCCAUAAAUCCAUCUUCAUUAGUCAAAUAUACUUCAACUAAACCUUCUAUUCAAUUUAGUGUAAAUGCUAGAAACAUCCCUGACUUAGCAUCAUUUUCUUACGAUUCUUUGAAAACUGGUAAACCAUUCGUGAAGAAAUUCAUCCCUUUAAAGCCUGAAAAGAUAUUAGUUAAGCUUAACUCCGUCAAAGUGGAGAAAAAUGAAACUCCACAACCUGAUUUUGUUGAUCUAUCGCCCUCUGAAAAGCGCGUGCUUGAAAAAUUAAAGAAACAGCAACAAAAAGAACUCGAAAAGGAAGGAGUGAAAAAGUUGAAAAGUGAAUUGAAAACGGAUGCAAUCGCUACUUAUUACUCUUCUAAAAAGUGUCCAGCUGAGUCAAAUGAAACUCUGAAACCAGCAGUCAAAGAAGUCUCAACAGUCGCAGAACCUGCAGAAGUUACAGAAGCUGCAGAAACUAAAGAAGUGACAGAUCCUUUAACUAUAAAUCCAAGUGAAAUUAAAGAAAUAAAAACCGAACCUAGUGAAGAAGCUCCUGAAAAGCCUAAAGAAGAAAAGUGCACCACACCAGUGCAAGAAUCAAAGGACACGACAGGUGAAAAUAAUAGUGAAAAACCCAAGCAGUCUGAAGAAAGCUGCAAUAGAAAAAUGACUGCCAAGGAAUUGCUCGAUAAAGUUCGUGCUAAGAAAGGAAGUGAAGUGUCUAAUCAAAGUAAACUUAUGUCUAAAUAUCCAAUUAUUGGUAAAAUAAGACGAUCCGUUAAAAAAGAGCCAGCCAAGAAUGAAAAUUCCAACUCUUCUAAAGCAGAAGAAACCACAGUUCGUCCAACUUAUUCAGUUAAUUUAGACUAUCAGUGGUAUUUACAAUAUUAUAUGUCAGCUUAUAAUCUAGACCUUCACUCUGCAUCUUAUUAUGCACAAUAUCAUAUCAGCACAUCUGGUGAAUAUCGGACAACUGAUCUAUCUUCUUGGUACCAAAACCAAGGCUACAAUGUUCUUUCAAUUCCAUACGAUCAAGUUCAACCAACACCGCCAACUGUUGUACCUCCGGCUGCCGUACCUCUGACUGCUGUACCUCUGACCACUGUACCUGUGAUCGAUGUAUCUCUGACCGCUGUUCCUCCGACAGUUCUACCUGCAACAGUUGCACCUACAGAAGCUGUACCUACAAAAGUUGAACCCGAACUUGCAAAGGCAGAAUUCAUAGAAGAAGACGAAUCGAGUGACCAAUAUAAAGAUGCAGUUAUUGCUGAAGUAAUGAACGAAUUAAAAGAUAGAGUACAAGAAUCAAUGGGAACAAAUUUCGAUGAUACUAAUAAAAGUAUCGAAAUGCGACCAAUUAAAGAGGAAAAAGUUGAUGCAAAUCCAGAGAAUCAAGAUAAGAUUGUAUCCGAGGCUAUGGAAGUUGAAUCAAGUGAUACUCUCAUCAAUUCCGAAAUAACCACAAAUGAACCAGCUGAGGUAUUUGUUAAAAAAGAAACAGCCACUGAGACAGAUGAUACUUGCAAGUAAUAAAUCUCCCGAACCUGAAUUUUAUCGGGAAGAUGCUUUUGAUUGUGAAUCACCACCUCCACCACCUGCACCACAGUCAGCACCAGUUUCAUCGUUAUUGUCAUCUCCACCACCACCGCCACCAGUUAUUAGACCUACAAUGACUCAUUUGAAAACUACUCAAGAAAUAGUUUUACCCAAUGGUCAAAAAUUACCGCCAGGAACUGAACAGAUUAUAAUACAUCCUUAUCCUUCAUCACAUCCAUUCUCGAACUAUUUUAAUGCUGAUUCAUUUGCCAAAGGUUUGGCUGAAAAUACCUCUCAAGAAAAUGCUAGUAAUUUAAAAUCACCAGCUGUCCUAACUCAUGUAAUUAGUUAAUUCCCGUUCGUUAUAAUUUUCAUAGCUUGAGGUACUAAAAAUCAAUCAACAAAUCUGUUUUUACUAGAUUGGUACAAUUAAGACUUGAAAACUCAAAACAUCACGAUAAUCAUCAUUUGUGACUUGAGAGAUAAUUCAAUUACCAAUUGACUUGACUAAAAAGUCCGUGAAUUCAAAUGAGGUUGGUGCCAAACAUUGGAAAAAGAAAGAUGAACAUAUGCUGAUAAAUCUCAUUGGACAUUGUCAAGUCUAUUGCCACUAUUUUAAAAAUUUACACGGAAUUUCAUUUAUUAAAUAAUGAAAAUCAUCUUGAUUUCAAAGAUAAUUACACCUACAUUCUAUCGCACCUUGCGAGAAAACAGACUUCAAAUUGAUAUUGAUUAAUUUUGGUUGAGUAAUUAACAAAAUGGUUUUUGAAUGAAAUCAUAAUUCAGAUUUUGUUAAUUUUCUUUCGUAGCUCUCAAUGGAUGCCAUUAAUUUUGAGAGGAAUCUUUGUUUAUGGCUUUUGACGGUCAAUUAAUUGGAUUUCUUUUUAUGGAUUUUGGAAGAUCAAAGCUCAACCAAUUUAAAAUUGAAUAAAUUAGAUAAUUUAUUCAGAACUGGGAAAGUUUAUUAAGAAACAAAUUCAAAUUUGUUCACUUUGAAUUGAUCAAAAGCUUUGUUCUUGAUUACAGUGCUACCAAACAUGAAGAUGAAUGAUUAAAUGGAUAUGAUUGAGGAUAAAAUCUGAAUUGAUGUGCAACACAAUUUAAAUUAAUCAGUACAAGUAUCGAAAGUUGAAGGUAAAAUAAUUUAACCACAAAACACAUUUCUAAUAAUUUAUAACCCAUCUUUACUAGCAUUUGCGUACAUUCAACUCAACUCAACUUGGAUAUGAUGAUACUAUGGACAUAUAAAUGAUUAGAGAUGCAAAUUAAUUUGAUAAUUGGCCUCAACGGACUAAUUAAGAAUCAUCAAAAUUAUCGUUAAUAUUCAAUUAACUAAGUUUUCAUUAUUUUUUUAUCAAAAGGUGAGGUGAGUGAAACACUGAAUGAAGGCACAUCCUAAAGUCAUAAAUUGAUUGUAUUAAAAAAUAAUGUAAAAUUUUUGAA